AGGAGGACCCAACGGGACCUGAGGCCCUGUUCACACGACCUGCUUCCCCCUGACUUUGCGCAUCCCAAGAUGUGUCUUGGUUCGACAGGCUCGUUUCAAAUCAACAAGUCUGGCCAAACUGAGCAGGCCAUGCAAAUGGGAGGGCUCCCCUUGCCGGUGUGCAGGACACGAUCUGCAAAAACUAUUUCCAAGGUGGCUUACCAUCAUGGAGUCGUGAUAGUGAAAUGCUCCGGGUGUAACAACCAUCAUGUGAUUGCUGAUAACUUGGGCUGGUUCUCUGACUUGGAGGGGAAAAGGAACAUUGAGGAAAUCCUCGCAGCCAAAGGAGAGAAAGUGAGGCGAGUAGCAGGCGAAGACACUCUCGAACUCUUAGUUGAAGACCCCAAAUUGCUGGAACCUCUCAUCAAAGGAGGAGAAAAAGAUCCAGAGUGAUCAGAACAGAUGUCUUCAAUCAACCCAGAAAAAAA